UCAUGAAGCAUAGUUUGAAUAAGAGUGGAGAAGAGAAGUGGGCAAAACACUACAGUAACCAGCACAGGAUUCUGCUAGUGGGCGAAGGAGACUUUUCUUUCUCCGCCAGUUUAGCGGCGGCUUUUGGGUUUGCUUCUAACAUGACUGCCACUUCCCUCGACUCUGAAGGGGAUUUAUGGAAUGUUUACGACAGAGCUGUUUACAACAUUGAAGAAUUGAUGAGAAAGGGAUGCAAGGUGAUUCAUGGUGUUAAUGUUGCUUCCAUGGAUUCUCAUCCCAGCUUGAAGGACUUGACAUUUGAUCGUAUAAUUUUCAAUUUCCCAUUUGCUGGGGUGUCCAUGAUAAGCAAAGGAUCUCAACAUUGUCCACACCGAGGCCUGGUAAAGGCAUUCCUGAGAGCUGCCAAGGAGAUGAUUGAUGAAGAUGGUGAAAUCCAUAUCACUCAAAGAACAGAUGGGAUUCUUGGUGAAAUGAAGAUAGAAUUCAUUGCAUUUCAGCAGUGGCUUGAACUUGUUGGGGUUGUAGAUUUCAAUGUUUCUGAUUAUCCGGGUUACAGCCCUAAAUGGGAGUUAGGAAAUGGGUAUAAUGUAGAGUAUAUUCCUCCUAGUAGUAGAACUUACAAGUUCCGACGACCUCAUCAUCCACUCCCACCCCCACCCCCAAAGAUUGUUCAUCAUGCUCUUGCAGCAAGUAGCAACAGCAGCAGUGUUAAUGAUGAUUAUGUCCCGAAUUUUGUCAAUGCCAAUAAUAUUUCGCAACGUGCAUCCAGCUCUAGUGACACUACAUGCAUAUGCAACAAAGACGACGGGAGUGGUGAUAGCAAAUACUGGUGCCAUUGCCAUAUGAGGAGGGAGCUGCCAACAAAGACGACGGGGUGGUGUAUGUACCCUUCUCCUUCCAUGAUCCUACAGCCAACGCCAUAUGGGGGAGCUACUUGUAGUAAUAGUGGACAGUAUCAUCAUCACCAAAAUUUUGUUUCUCCAACAACAUACUAUAGUGCUAUUAAGCAGCAGAAUGAACUAGCAGGGUUGCAGCAAGAAAGGUGGAUAAAACACUACAGCAAUCGCCACAAGAUUCUGCUUGUGGGUGAAGGAGACUUCUCCUUCUCUGCCAGUUUAGCUGUUGCCUUCGGCUUUGCUUCUAACGUCACUGCAACUUCUCUUGAUUCUGAGGAGUUCUUGACUUUCCAUUACUGCAAAGCUUUUAUCCACCUUAAAGAAUUGAAAAACAGAGGGUGUAAGGUGAUUCAUGGUGUUGAUGCUACCUCCAUGGCAUACCAUCCCAGCUUGAUGGGCUCCACGUUUGACAGGAUUAUUUUCAACUUUCCAUAUGCCGGAUUUUUCAAUGAUUCGUCCCGCCAAUCUAAGAUUAGUUGUCAUCAAUCCAUGAUAUGGAUGUUCCUGGAGAAUGCAAAGCAGAUGCUGAGCCAAAACGGCGAAAUCCACAUCACCCACAAGACCAAUGGAUUCCACCAACAAUGGGGUAUAGUUUCUCUUGCGAUUCAGCAGGGGCUUGAGCUUGUAGACAGUGUUGAGUUUAAUGUUAGUGAUUAUCCAGGCUACAGUAACAAGUAUGGGUUUGGGGGUGACAAUAGUUUCGACUGCUCUCCUAGUAAAACUUACAUGUUCCGACUCCCUCGUACCACAUGGCCUGGCCGCCUUCCUUGGGUUUAGGUUAGGUUACUGAUCCAUCAUUAUCUGCUGCCAUGUUCUUGCAGCAGCCAGUUUGUAAACUCUGUUUUUUUUUCUUUCUUUCUUGUUUGCUGUAAUGGAUUAUUAGUUGUAAGUAUUGGUCAGUGGUUUUACUAAAA